GCGGUUCUCACCGCACCACCCGCCCGGCUCGCCCGGGGCUCUGCGCCCGCAGCUGCGCCCCGGAGCCCCGGCCGAGGCCGCUACCCAGGACUUACAGAAGAAUACUUCCUUGAUCUCUUACCUACGAUGGAAUUUAAAAAGUCACCUGAUGGUGGAUGGGGCUGGGUGAUUGUGCUUGUCUCCUUUUUCACUCAGUUUUUGUGUUACGGAUCACCGUUGGCUGUUGGAGUCUUGUACAUAGAAUGGCUGGACAUCUUUGGUGAAGGAAAAGGAAAAACAGCCUGGGUCGGAUCCCUUGCAAGUGGAGUUGGCUUGCUUGCCAGUCCUGUCUGCAGCCUCUGUGUCUCCUCCUUUGGAGCAAGACCUGUGACAAUCUUCAGUGGCUUCAUGGUAGCUGGAGGCCUGAUGUUGAGCAGUUUUGCCCCCAAUAUCUACUUUCUGUUUUUUUCCUAUGGCAUUGUUGUAGGACUCGGAUGUGGAUUAUUAUACACAGCAACAGUGACCAUUACGUGCCAGUAUUUUGACAGCCAUCGAGGCCUUGCCCUUGGCCUGAUUUCAACAGGUUCAAGUGUCGGACUUUUUAUAUAUGCUGCUCUGCAGAGGUUGCUGAUUGAGUUCUAUGGGCUGGAUGGAUGCCUGCUGAUUGUGGGUGCCCUAGCUUUAAAUAUAUUAGCCUGUGGCAGCCUGAUGAGACCCCUCCAGUCCUCUGAUUGUCCUUUGCCUGAAAAAACAGCUCUGGAAAGUGUACCAGAUCAAUACUCCAUUUACAGCGAGAAAGAAAAGGACCUGGAAGAAAACACAAACAUUCCUGGAAGGAGCUACGGUGCUGAGGAAACUUGCAAGAGUGCCUUAGUCAGUGGUGGCCAGAAGCAGGAGAGCCUACUUCAUAAAAACCCAACAACAGGGGCGCAUACAAAAGAGGCCGAGACGUACAAAAAGAAAGUUGCAGAACAGACAUACUUUUGCAAACAGCUUGCCAAGAGGAAGUGGCAAUUAUAUAAAAACUACUGUGGAGAAACUGUGGCUCUUUUUAAAAACAAAGUGUUUUCAGCGCUCUUCAUUGCGAUCUUUCUUUUUGACAUCGGAGGAUUCCCACCUUCAUUGCUUAUGGAAGAUGUGGCAAGAAGUUCAAAUGUGAAAGAAGAAGAGCUUAUUAUGCCUCUUAUUUCCAUUAUUGGCAUUAUGACAGCAGUGGGUAAACUCCUCUUGGGGAUACUGGCUGACUUCAAGUGGAUUAAUACCUUAUAUCUUUACGUAGCUACCUUAAUAAGCAUGGGCCUGGCCUUGUGUGCAAUUCCAUUUGCCAAAAGUUAUGUCACAUUGGCAAUACUUUCUGGGAUUCUAGGGUUUCUGACUGGUAAUUGGUCCAUCUUCCCAUAUGUGACCACAAAGACUGUGGGAAUUGAAAAAUUAGCCCAUGCCUAUGGGAUAUUAAUGUUCUUUGCUGGACUUGGAAAUAGCCUUGGACCACCAAUUGUUGGUUGGUUUUAUGACUGGACCCAGACCUAUGACACUGCGUUUUAUUUCAGUGGCUUCUGCGUCCUGCUGGGAGGCUGCGUCCUGCUGCUGGCCGCCCUGCCCUCCUGGGACACGUGCAACAAGCUGCUGCCCAAGCCGGCUCCAACAACCUUUCUGUACAAAGUUACCUCUAAUGUUUAGAGGAAUGCUGGAAGGCUCUACAGACUUUUCUCACAGCAAGAUUUCACUGUGGCUGACUCUGAAUGAAAAAAAAAAAAAAAAUUUUUUUUUUAAACAAAUCCUAUGUACUCUAUGUACUGUAUAUGUAGCUUCUAUCUCUUGUAUAUAUUUUUUCCCUUUUUUUUUCUUUUUGCAAGAAAUGGGGCUAUUCUGUUUUACUAUGACUCAUGGAUUCUUGAUGUUGUAAAAAUUUGGGCCUGUCUCGGAAGGCUUUCUCUGCGUAAAGAAAUAUGAUUUCUCUGUAGGCUACAUUAGUUCCCCUGCAAGGAAUCCAGAGGGGGCUCUUCUGUUUUAAACCUGAUGCAGGCAGCGUGAUGAGAUCUACGUGAAGGCCAUUAAGGACUAAAUCAUUCUCCUCUCUAUGUUACACCGGCUAGCACAUGAAAACAGUUACUUCAAUGGCAUUAAGAAUUGUGGUGGAGUAAGCCGAUCUUUUUUUUUUUUUUUUCCAAAGAUAUUUUAAAUUACAGUCACUAGUUUUCACUGUUUGAUUUUACUUACCUUGAGGCGGCAUCCCCUGUUUGGACACACUGCGUUUAAAUCGUUUCAAUUCCCAAGGUGUUUCCUGAGAGGCAGGCAGUCUCCAAACAGGGACCCUCCCCACAGCCUUGUGUCAUGGUUGGCUGCUAGAACCAUGCUCACUCGUCCCUGUCAGCAUCCACGGGACGGAUGUUUCCCAGGAAGUGUUUCCCAGGAAGUGCUCAUUUUACCUGUUUCCCAAUGGGGAAUGCAUAAACCAUUCCGUUCUGGCAAAGGGUCAACAUCCAUUUGCUUCGGGCACAGUGGGAAUGAACUGCAAAUCCUUGCAUAACUUCUCAAUGAAGCAUUUAUUUGCCACUAUCAGAUUUUACCACUAUCAAAUUUUAAUUCAAGGCCAGAACUAAAGCGCGCGCACGCGCGCGUGUGUGUGUGUGUGUGUGUGUGUACUCCAAGUCUGUGUGGGACAUGGGAAGAGAAAAAGGCAGUAAGAAAUUGAUACCCUGAUCCAACAUUAUUCAGUCUUAUAAAAACUUUUUGGAAGAAAAUCAAUGUUUAAUAAAUAGACAUUUUUCUAAAGAAAUAUAUUUUUAACCUUGCUAUAAGUUGGAAUUCUCUAGAUGGUUUAAAAAAAUAUAGUUACCUGAGUACUACUCUUAGAGAUUUUAAUUCUGUAGGUCUAGGCUGUGGGCCAAGCAUCAAUAUUUGUAGUGAACUCUUCAAGGAAUUCUAACAACACAGCCGGGUCGACAAUGGGUGUUAUAAGACUGGCAAUAGAGAAACAGUCAUUCUCUUAAAUAAAACACAAGAAAGCAAUAAACCAUUGAGGUGAGGGAUUUUUACAAAUAGCCAACUGUGGUUCUUUAAAUAGGACUCUUCCUAUUGUGCCAAAAUUGUCUUUUCAUUUCUUUUGAAAUAUGUAAGAUUUUAUACUUCUAUGUUGCCUUUCUUGGAAGGCGCCUAAAGCACUUUAUAAUCAUGAAGCCCCACCACACCUCAGUGAGGUAGGUAAAUAGUACUUUUCUAUGCAGUAAACCUGAAGUGUGGGGGAAUUUCAUAACUGAGUUAAUCCUACUCAAUAAUGCAAUAAUGGGGCUCCAAAGUGCCUUUGGACUUCUACUCCAUACUCAAACUUCUGGAAAGUUUUGUGUACCUCAUUCUUUAGUCACUGUCAAGAUUAGUAAAUAAAACAAGUGACAUUUUAAAAAGUUGAACUGAACGUUUUAGUGUUGAAAGUUCCUCUUUGCCAACACUGUCUUCAGGAAAUCGUAUAACCUGAAAAAAUUUAACUUUAAUGACAUCCUCGCAUUCAUCAAUGUUGAUAAUUGUCCAAAUGCAUCUUCCCUUUGUCUACUAAUGUCAUCCAGUGUGUGCAUUUUCCAUUGUCUAGGGAAUGAAUUUUAUGUUAAAAUAAAAUAUUUUUUUGGCUUGUUUUGCA